GUCUCUCUGUCUGUCUUGCUCUUUCUCUCUCUCGCUGUUUUGCAUUCACCGGGAGGUUUCGAAGAUGGCGUCGGUCCCGUCGUUCAACCCAUCGGAAUCUCAACAGAAGCUUCCGAGUUACAGCCGGAAGCAGAAAUCUCUCGGCCUUCUUUGCACCAAUUUCUUGAGAUUGUACGAUCGAGAAGGCGUGGAUUUGAUUGGCAUCGACGAGGCCGCCUUGCGAUUAGGUGUGGAGAGGCGACGAAUUUACGAUAUCGUCAACGUUCUGGAGAGCAUCGGAGUUCUAGCAAGAAAAGCCAAGAACCAGUAUAACUGGAAAGGGUCGGGAGGAAUUCCUGGGGCUUUAAAAAAGCUUAAGGAAGAGGGAUUGCGGGAGAACUUCAGCGUUUCCAAUUUCGCUAGCUACAAUAGAGUAUCGGAUGAUGAAGAGGACGAUGAAGUUUAUUCUGAUCCUAACCUUGGAAGUCAGGAAGAACAAUCCAACCCCGCAUCGGUGCCCAAAGCUUCUGGAUCAGCAACAACAGGUGAUCUCAUUGGAGAUAAUAGAAGAGAGAAAUCUUUGGGACUUUUGACUCGGAAUUUCGUGAAGAUCUUUAUCUGCUCAAAUGUGGCUGUCUUCUCCCUUGAUGAAGCUGCUAAAAUAUUGCUGGGAGAUGGUCAGAGUUCAAUCAUGAGAAGUACAAAAGUAAGGCGACUCUAUGAUAUUGCCAAUGUAUUGUCUUCUAUGAACCUUAUUGAGAAGACGCAUACUACAGAUACCAGGAAGAAUGCUUUCAGGUGGAUAGGGCCCAGAGAGAAACGGGCUGGAUCUGUUGAUGCUCUAAUGAUAGAUGACCCUAAGAAAAGAAUGUUUGGGACUGAAAUCACGAACACUGAUUUCAAGAGAAAUAAAAUGAGUCCCUUAGUUGAGGGAGUUUCAAACUUCAAUUCGAAUGCACAAAAACAGCCGAAGAACAAGAGACCAAUAAAGGAGCUCAGCAGAAGCAAGUCGGAGCAGAACUCAAAAGAGAAUUCAAAGAGUUACCAGUUUGGUCCUUUUGCUCCUCAAGACAUUCCCAAAGUGAUUGCCUCGAGGACCGAGAACAGAAGUACGCAGCAACCCCGUGACUGGGAGAGUCUUGCAUCCGCAUAUGGUCCUCAAUAUCACAACCAAGUACGACACCUUGGUCUACAAUCAACAGCUAGUAGUUGAAAUUGCACUAGAAAACCAAGAAAAUAUGCUUCCGGUGCAUUUCUCCAUUGGCUAUAAACCCUCACUUUACAAGUUCGGGUCUUGCCUAAGAUGUUAAAAUUCCAGGCCAUCUCCACUAGAUUAUCAUCAAAUUUAGUUUAUUGCAACUGUUUAUUCAUCCUGCUGGGGUCAGGGUCAUGGUCAUUGUCAUGGUCAUGCUACCGUAUUUACUCUAAGUGUAUAUUAUUGAGGACCGUCCAGUGUCUGGUCGGAUUUGGGUCUGUUCAACGAUUGGUGAAACCUUUCGUUCAGGCAAAUACUAACUUUCAAAAGUGAAAAAUGAACUGCAUCGUCUCAACCCCCGCUGUGUCACCAGAACCACGUACAUACACUUUACCUUUUUGUCCUUAGACGUCAGUUAAUGCCGAAAAGAGGCCCGUUUUGGUUUAUUUUUCCCCCCUUUUUUCUAUUAAUUGAACAUCUCUCUUGACAGUCGACAUGCGAUUUGUUCUUACGCCAUUGGUUUUCUUAUGAUGUUGCAGCCUUGAGGGACCUCUUCGGCCACUACUCGGAAGCAUGGAAGUCUUGGUUCUCUGAAGUUGCUGGGAAGAGCCGCUCUCGUGCAAA